AUGCCUUCCAUCCAAACCCCACCGGCUCGGAUCCUCCAACUCGAGAUGGAGAAUUUCAAAUCCUACAAGGGUCACCAGCUAGUAGGUCCCUUCAAGGACUUCACAGCGAUAAUCCGCCCCAACGGCGCCGGCAAAUCAAACCUAAUGGACGCGAUCAGCUUCGUCCUCGGAGUUCGCACCGGUCAGCUCCGCGGCUCUCAGCUUAAGGACCUAAUCUACGCCUUCGACGAUCGAGAGAAGGAGCAGCGAGGGAGGAGAGCGUUUGUUAGGCUCGUGUAUCUUCUCGACGAUGGAGUGGAGCUUCGUUUCACUUGUGCGAUUACUAGUGCUGGUGGGAGUGAGUAUCGGAUUGAUAAUAGGGUUGUGAACUGGGAUGAGUAUAAUGGGAAGCUAAGGUCUCUAGGGAUACUUGUUAAGGCUCGUAACUUCUUGGUCUUUCAGGUUUGGUUGCUUCUUCUUGAUAGCGCCGGUCCUAGGCAUAGUGAGAUGAAAUAUUAA